AUGUCGGCAUCCUCGUCGCCCAGGUACCAUGACGCGUGGCGCCUUGGCCUCGACAUGGCGACAGGCCGACAUGCGCUGUCCUCCUGCAUCCCACCCAUACUCUGGCUCCUCGACGCCGCCCUCUGCGGGCUCAUCAUAUGGAAGAUUCCCUACACGGAAAUCGACUGGGUCGCCUACAUGGAGCAGGUCGCCCAGUUCGUCGCCGGCGAACGAGACUACAGCAGCAUCAAGGGCGGCACCGGCCCGCUCGUCUAUCCUGCCGCACACGUUUACACGUACACGGGGCUGUACUACCUGACCGAUGGCGGAAAAAACAUCCUGCUUGCCCAGCAGCUGUUUGCCAUCCUCUACAUGGCGACGCUGGCGCUCGUCAUGCUGUGCUACCGGCAGGCCAAGGCCCCUCCCUACAUCUUCCCCCUCCUCAUCCUGUCCAAGCGGCUUCAUAGCGUAUUCGUCUUGCGAUGCUUCAACGACUGCUUUGCCGUAUUUUUCCUCUGGCUCGCCAUCUUCUGCUUUCAGAAGAAGCACUGGACCAUGGGCAGCUUGGCCUACAGCUGGGGUCUCGGCAUCAAAAUGUCACUGCUGCUCGUCCUCCCGGCCGUCGCCAUCGUCCUCUUUCUCGGACGAGGCUUUUCCGGCAGCCUACGCUUGGCCUGGCUGAUGGUGCAGCUCCAGAUCGUCAUUGCCGUCCCCUUCCUGUCCCACAACUGGCAGGCCUACCUCGGCCGCGCCUUCGAGUUGACGCGCCAGUUCAAGUACGAGUGGACCGUCAACUGGCGGAUGCUGGGCGAGGACCUGUUCCUGAGCAGAUGGCUGGCUCUGGCGCUGCUCGCUGGACAUGUCAUCGUCCUGGUCAUAUUCAUUGCCACGAGAUGGCUCCGACCGGCGGCCACGCCACUAUCUGUCAUGAUUCCGGCUCUCCUCAAGGGCGAGUCUCCCUUUACUCGGCCGCAGCAGCAGCAGGUGGCCAGCCGGGUGACGCCCGCCUACGUCUUGACGACCGUUCUGUCCGCCAACGUCAUCGGCCUUGUCUUUGCCCGCUCCCUUCACUAUCAGUUCUAUGCCUACCUCGCCUGGUCGACGCCGUACCUGCUGUGGAAGGCAUCGCCGCACCCGCUGCUCGUCUUUCCACUCUGGCUGAUGCAGGAAUGGGCUUGGAACGUGUUCCCGAGCACGGAUGCGAGCUCCACCGUCGUCGUCAACGUUCUCCUCACCACCGUCGUCCUGCUGUACUUUGGCACCGCCAAGGAGGGAAAGGAGGGCGUCGGCAAGGAUGCGGCCGCGGCCGAGGCAAAGAACAAAUGA